AAAAAUUUUCAAACCUUUCCUCGAAGCGACAACUAUUGACAAACACGAACAGUAAAAUCUGACUUGACAGAUUUCAGGUGGGGUUUUUAUUUUCUGAUGUUUCACAAGUGUAAUUGUAAUCAGAUUACCUCAUAAUAUCUAACUUGGUUAAAAAAAAUUAAUUUGACAAUUGUCAAAUACACGCGUAUUCACAGCUGUUUACUUUAUUUUUAAUAAUUUACUAAUAUAUUACUCAGUUAUUAAAGAUAUUUCGUUAGUAUUCAACUGAAAAUUAAAAAAGUAUCUAAACUAUUUAAAAUGAUGCUAAUGAAUUGGAAAACAGUAGAUUUAUCUACAAGCUUCAGGUUAUGACAAUCUUUAUAGAAAAAAAUUUAUAAAUUUACUAUAAUAUUUCUGAAAAAUUACAAGAAAGUUAUUAAAAGCAGUGAAAAAUGAUUGAAUCACCGGGUUGGACUUCAGGAAGAGAUGAAGAAAUUUAUAAAGCAGCAGGGAAUGUGCAAUUGAAAAAAUAUGGACAAUUAUUCAAUUGGCUGGCUGAAAAUUGGUGGGAAAGUGUUUCUUCAAUAAUGUAUAUUCUGGAAGGACCAUUAAGACUGGUUUAUCAAAGUAAUGAUCAUGAAAAUAUAUUAUCCUUAGUAGAAAUAGAAAAUAAAAAUUUAUCAAAACUUCUAGCUACUGUGGCAGCAACUUGUAGAGAGAUAAGACUUUUGAAACAAGAAUCUGUUCAGUUUUAUCGAAAACUCUUCAACCAUGGUGAAAAAAGUGAUUCCGAUUUUAAAGAAAAAUAUAAUUUUAAUCAAUUAUUAAUAGAUCUUCAAGAUUUAUCUCUUUAUGUUAAUAGAAUUUUGACUGUGAUACAUUUAACUAUACAACAAUUGUCUAGUUUAACUAUUGGAGCUAAUGAAAUAUAUCUUCCAGCACUUAUAGAACAUUUAAUUGAUUCUUUUGUUAUCUUGAUAACUUUAGAUGAAAUAAUUGAAGCUUAUCCAUCAAUUUUAGGUCAAUGGAAGAAGUAUCGAAUUCAGGUUCGAUCUUUGAUGCACAACCCAUCAAAGUUUUCGUUAACAGAACAAAAACUGAUGACUUUUGAUAAGCUUUUGAAAGACUUACAAAAUCAGUUAUUAACAAAAAAUAUAUUCCUCAAGGCAGUUGAUCAUGUGAUGGAAGUUAGAAAAAGCCCAGUAAUGGUUGAUCAUUUAGUAACAUAUUUCAAAAAUAUUAUGACUGAUAUUGAAAAUAAAAUAGCAAACAUUUCAGUAGUUAAUAAUAGUUGGAUGAGAAUAAAUGUUGGUGUUGUUAUUUUAAUAAAAUUUUUCGGCAGUUGUGAUAAAAAGCUUCUUAAAAAGCUUAAUGAAGUAAAUAAAAAAUUAUUUGCAGUUACUUUAACCGGAAAUAUCAUUUGGAUACCGAGUAAAUUUUUAAGUGAAAACAUUCCAAAUGAAGCUGGAAAUUCAAUAAACAUUCACCAAAUAGGAGAGAAAGUUCUAACAUCACGAAUGCAAAAAUUAUCGUCAGUGUCAGCAAACUUGACCCAUAAAUCUAUGCUAUGGUGUAUUGAAGCAGAAAAUUUAUUAAACGGAACUGAAUUCCACAUUUCCGAUAUUAAAAAACAGUAUUUAUUACUUAAAGAUGUGAUAUCAUUGUUAAAUCAAAUUAAUGAGUUAGUUUGUUUUAUUACCAAUGUCCAUGCAGUGCUAUCAAAACCAAUGAACCGGAGCACAGUUCAAAUAAUUUGUCGACUUAUUGAAAUUCAAAAAACUCUUGAAACUUCUGUAUACUCUCUAGGACCUAUGGUGGUUCAAGCACAAGGACGUGCACUUCAAUGCCUUAGUUAUGAAAUCUUAGUAAUCUUAGAGACUGCUAGAAAAGCUCUUAUUCAGAAGGAUCAAGGAUAUAGUCGUGAAAAGCUCGAUGCUUUGUCAUUGACUGGUUUAAGUAUGAAAUUAAUCAACGGACCUAGUACUGCUGAUCGAAGACUGAUUGUAAGAUGUGCUUUAUCAUGUGCUAGACAACGUGCAGAUGCUUUUAAAGAUGAUGAAGUUAUCAAAUUAAAAUUAAAACUUGAUGAUUAUGAUACAAUAGCUGAUUUAGAUUUGAAAAUCAAAGAAGUUUGUAACUAUAGUGUUUUACUUCAUCAUCAAAGUAUAAUUCCUGCUUAUUUCUCAUCAAUUCUUGAAAGUACCCAAGACAUUUCACAUGUUGUUCACCUCUUAAAUGCUUUUAAUACUGCUGUGAUUAGACAAGAAUCUUCAGAAUUUACAGAAACAAGAGUUUUGGAGCUGAAGGAAGCUUUGACUAAACAUAUUUUAGAACCUUCUGGUCGAGAAAUUGAAACGAGUUUACGGCUCCAUGUUCAUGCACAUCUGAAACUUGAUUCAAUGAAUCCUUUCAAAGUGGGAGUUAAAGAUGCUGGAAGAAUUGUCGAUGCUUUACCUCUUCCAAUAGCUGGAAAUUUUAUUAGUUGUAAAAGAUUCAUUGAACAUUAUUUAGAUGAUAUUUUUUAUAAUCUUACAACUGUAGCGUUGCAUGAUUGGAAAACUUAUAAGACAAUGCACGCUUUAGCUAAAUAUAAACUGGGAUUAGAAACGGUUCAGAAUCAUUUACCUACACAAACACUUGAACAAGGCUUGGAUGCUUUAGAAAUUAUGAGAAAUAUUCAUGUUUUUGUAUCUAAAUAUUUGUAUAAUCUCAAUACUCAAACUUUUAUCGAACAUACCAGUGCUAAUAGACAUUUAAACACAAUUGGUAUAAAGCAUAUAGCCAAUUCUAUAAGAACUCAUGGUACAGGAAUUAUGAGUACUACAGUAAAUUUUGUUUAUCAAUUUUUAAGAGUUAAACUCCAUACUUUCUCUCAAUUUCUCUUCGAUGAACAUAUCAAAUCACGGUUAUUAAAGGAUAUUAGGUUUAUUAAAAGUCAGAGAGAGAAAGAAGAGACACCUUAUACAUACGAAAGAGCAGAAAAAUUUCAGAAAGGUAUCAGAAAACUUGGAAUGUCUGCUGAUAUGAGCUACCUCGAUCAUUUUCGACAACUUAUUACGCAAAUUGGAAAUGCUCUGGGGUAUGUUAGAUUGAUCAGAUCUGGUGGGUUACAUGCUUGUGCUAAUGCUGUAUCUUUUUUGCCUGAUAUCAAUACUCCAGUGGCCUUUGAAAAUACUUGCAAACUUUUGAAUUAUUCAGAAAGUACUCAAGCUGCAGCUAAACGUUUAGAUGAUGAUAUAGGAAAUCUCGUAAGAAAUUUUACAGAAGGUAUACAAUAUUUUAAACUACUUGUUAAUGUAUUUGCAUCAGCAUUCAGGGAUACUAAAUCUCAUCAUUUACAACAAUUUUAUGCUAUUAUACCUCCUUUAACGCUCAGUUUUGUUGAUAAUGCAGUAGCUAAUAAAGAAAAAAUAUUCAAAAAAAAUAAAGUUGGUGCUGCAUUCACUGAUGAUGGAUUUGCUAUGGGAAUUGCUUAUAUCAAUGCUCUAUUAGAUCAAAGUGCUGAGUUAGAUGGGCUACACUGGUUUGAAACUGUAAAUGAAUAUUUAAACAAAGAAAAAACAUUGGCUGAAAAAAUUGAAGGUGAAGAUGAAAAACUACAACAAACACGAGCUUUGACACUCAAGAGAAUAGCAGAAAGAAGUGCAGAAUUUCAAUUACUCUACUACAGUUUGUCAGGAGCUCGAGUUUUUUUUAAACAAUCAGAUUAUUAAAUCAUUUUGCAAAGUUCAAUUAUUCAAUAAUGAAUGAAAUGAGCUCGAAUUUGAAUAUUUUAUUAUUA